CUUCAAACCAAGCUGCUUACCUAUUGCAGAUCCAGUCUUCCCAGCCUGGUGCAGGUAUACAAUUUUGUUUCUGGUGUCCUUUGACAGCUCUUUGGGUAUCAAUAACUAGGUGCUUAUUUUGAUAUCUAGUUAUGACUGAAUCAGAAAUACAGAUGUGGAGUAGAUGUCGAGUUUGUUUUAAAUUCUCAUAAAAAAUCUGAACUAAUCAAACAACACUUGUUGCUAUUUGUACUUGUUGAUAUAAUAUUCUUAUUUAAUGGAGAGGGAAAAAAACGUUUCCCUAAACUGCUUCAUAAUAUUAUAAUUCAAUGAAGGAAUAAAAAAGUUUCCUCCCUCCAGACAGCAGAUGGCAAUAUGUGUCUUUCAGGCGAUGUUUCUAGUGUGACGCAUAAUCUAGUGGACGGAACGCUUCUUCACAACUGUAGCCACCUCGGUAGCUCGCUAGCCAACAGAACAUUCAUGUUCUUUAGACAAUUUCGUGGUUUAAUUGCCUCUAUGAUUGAAACAUACUCAUGUGGGAACAACUAGAUACCCCAUUUAAUGUAAUAUUUACGUUGUAAGUCAACUAGCUGGCUGGUUAAGUUAGCACUAGUCUAGUCGCUAAUGCUAACUAGCCAUUAUCCCCGAACAUGAGUUCACCAAGCUACUCUCCUCCUGAUAAAGAAGAGGUGGUCUGCUGGACGGAGAAAGAAACUCUCGUGAAAGAGGAGGCGGAAGAGGAGGUUGUUACAAUACACAAACAAGUAGAGGGUGAGGGUGUUACCGUGAAAGAAGAAGAGAAAGACGCGUUCAGAGUGAAAGAGGAGGAGGAUGUUACUGUGAAAGAAGAGGAGGAAGAUGCUGUUUUUAGAGUGGAGGAUGAAGUGAAAGAAGAUGAAGACGUUUUUGGAAUGAAGGAUGAAGAGGGGGAGAUUACUGUCACAUUAGAGGAGGACGAAGAAGAGUUGACUGGAGAACUUAUUAACACCAGUAAAUACAGAGAGAGAUGUGAAUAUCGUGGAUCCUCUGGGGAGCCUCAAAAACUUCAUGAUGCUGACGAGGCAGAAGUCUCUCUCCAGAUCAGGACACCUCGAAACACCAGCAGAGACCCACAGGAAAUAAACUACACUGCUGCUCUGACUGUGGGAAACAUUGCAAAUCUUCAUCAGAACUUAAAAAUCACCAGCGAGUACACACAGGAGAGAAACCUUAUAGUUGUGAUCAAUGUGGGAAGAUUUUUACUAAAUCUAGCCAUCUGACUAGACACCAGCGAGUACACACAGGAGAGAAACCUUAUAGCUGUAGUCAGUGUGGGAAGAGUUUUACUCAGCUAAACAGCCUGAAAGAACACCAGAGAACACACACAGGAGAGAAAUCUCAUAGCGGUGAUCAAUGUGGGAAGAGAUACUCUGGUAAAAGAUCUCUGAUCAAACAUCAGAAAAAACAUACAUGAAGGAGUUGAAUUUGAAAAAUCAUAUCAAUUACAUAAUAUCACAAUGUAGAAUGUUUUAACAUUGUAGUAGGAGUAUUUUAAUGAUGUCACAAUGUAGAACCCUAAAUGUUUGUCCUCUGUUCUAUUGGUUUCAACAUUAUAUGGAUAUUUGCCUGAGGGAAAAUCCAGGCUCUGAAUUGAAAGAGUACUAUUUAUGUUAUUUAACAAAAAGUGACAAACAAAAAAAGAGUUGUGUUAAACUUACCACGCUGAUGACCCACUUGAGUCAAAAUGCAACACUUCAAAAUGUAGCUAGCUGUUUUCUACAAAUUGUCCUCUAACCAAUGAUGUACACAUUAUUCCCAGAUUCCGUGUGGUUUUUGAGCUGUUAGUUUUAACAGGACGUGCAACCUCAUUUCCCUUCUGUCACACAAAUGAUUUUAGCAUGAUAUCGAUGAGUUAUGACAAAUAAGUGUUGUGCUCCUUUGUUCAACGUCCCCUACAUUUAAAUGUAUCACGCCCAAAUUCAGCUGACUGUCCUCUGCAGGUUGUCCUCUAACCAGUGAGGGAAAAUAUUUAUCCAGUUUCCAUGUUUUGUUUUGUUGUUAGUUUCAACAGCACG